UAGCUGAGCCCCGCCCCAGCCACAGCCCCGAGUCCCGGCUUCUCCCCUCAGCCUGCCGCGGGGCGAGUGUCUCUCCCGGGGGCGAGGCCCCGUCUCCCCGCGGCAGCGGCUCCAUGGUGCCUGCAGCAACAGGCAGGACGCGGAGGAGGCGCCCCCCGGGGGUCCCGCCCGCCCAAGCUCCGGGCGCCCCGCGGCCGCCGGCCUGACAGGCCCCAGCGCGGGGCGCGGCGGCGGGAGGAUGGCGAACCAGCUGGUGAUCCUCAACGUGUACGACAUGUAUUGGAUGAAUGAAUACACCUCCUCCCUUGGAAUUGGCGUAUUCCAUUCAGGAAUAGAAGUAUAUGGCAGAGAAUUUGCUUAUGGUGGUCAUCCUUAUCCUUUUUCCGGAAUAUUUGAAAUUUCUCCGGGAAAUGCUGCUGAACUAGGAGAAACAUUUAAAUUUAAAGAAGCUGUAGUUCUAGGCAGUACUGACUUCAUGGAAGAUGACAUAGAAAAAAUUGUAGAAGAGCUUGGAAAAGAAUUUAAAGGAAAUGCCUAUCACUUAAUGCACAAAAACUGUAAUCAUUUUUCUUCAGCUUUAUCAGAGAUUCUAUGUGGGAAAGAGAUUCCACGUUGGGUGAAUCGCCUCGCUUAUUUCAGCUCUUGUAUACCAUUUCUCCAGAGCUGCCUACCGAAGGAAUGGCUUACUCCUGCAGCCCUUCAAUCUAGUGUCAGCCAGGAACUACAGGAUGAGCUGGAGGAAGCAGAGGAUGCUGCAGCAGCUUCCCUGUCAAACUCUGCAUCGGGAUCUAGAACUGGGCGCCACACCAAACUAUAAAUCUCUCUCCAAAGUAACAAAUAUUUCUAAACACUUCAGUUUAAUAUCUCCAGCAAUGACUUCAUUACUCAAAAUUAGAGAGCUGACUUUUGAACAUUCCUUUUGUAUGAAAAAUGGCUCUCUCCAUCCCCAAGACCAGUUAUUUCAGCUCAGGAUUAUAUAUGUAGUGAUAAGAAUCAUUGGGAGAAAGGAGAAGACAUUUGUGUGAAGCCACUCUUUUCACUUUCAUCUGUUCAAUGAACUUGGAUUUACGUAACAGAUCUUGUAUAAAACAGAACUGAAGUUAUUUGUUUACAGUAUUGUGUACUGCUGUUUACAAGUCCUGAAUGGACUCCUGCCACCAUGAAAGAAGAGAAACUCUGAACUCAGUUUAUUACUAGUGUAACUCAAAAGAGCAGUGGAGUCACACAAGUGAUAAAUUUUGCCCAGUGUCUUCAUGAAUUAGGCAGGUAAACUUCCUCCACAUCUGACAGUUGCCAGAGAUCUAUAGAGCAGAAAUGGCUAAGUACUGUAUGUCUGAACAGGGUACUGUACACUUAGAGUGGUUGACAUAAAAGGGUAGAUUCUAGGAUGUGGGGAGAUCGGUUUAGCGUGUAACAAACUGUUACUAGAAGUAUGACCUCCACAUUAACUAAAGUGUGGCGUUUUGCACAUAUGAGGGGAGAGUUUAUAUGUAAUUACAAUCUGCAGUGUGUUUACACAUCUGAUCCAUUGCAUCAUAUUUCAAUCAUAUAGUAAUUACAUUUCUUAUUAUUAAAAGUUGCCCCAUAUUCCUCCUAAUUUUAAAUUCUGUUUGGGUGGAGAUGUAGAAUCAGUUUUAGCAUCACCAGUUCAAACUGUCACACAUCAGUUUGGUCACACUGACUGGUUUAUUUAAUUUAAAAUGUGGAACAACAGGAUUAAGAACAUUAGUACUUUUAAUUGGUUUGUAUGCUUCAUGUAACAUUGGACAGUGUAAUACAUAACCCACGGAUGGGUUGGGAAUGGCCAUACUUCCCCUACUAAUGAUUGCUUCAUUUGAGUUCUGUAACCAUUCCUAACUCAUGAAAACAAAAUAUGAAUUAUUCCCUGCUAGAUUCUCAUACGUCCAUACACAAAUAAUAGGGAGAAGUUGAUUUUAUUCAUUAUCUCCAUCUGUGGCAUUAACUUUCUUGUCAUAUGCAUAGAAGAUAAGAAACUUGAAGAUUACAUACACCUACAUAUACACACAGCGGAGCUCCACUAAUCUGUGUGUUAUUACUCACAUCUCAAGUUGGCAGAUGUAAUAAUUAUUUUAGAAAAUGACACUCUUGCUGAUAAUGGAUUAUAAUUAAAGCUAAAUUAUAAUCAGUGAUCGGAAUACAUUAUGGAAUGCCUUAUUCUUUUUAUUGUUCACUUACUGCAUUUUGAAAGUUAAUUAGAAACUUUCAGUGGUUCCCCCAGUCAUUAGUACAAAUCAGUGAGGUUCUACACUGUAUAUAGAAAUACAGUAACAAAAGAUAGGAGUGAGACUGUUUUUUAUUGGAUUUUGCUGCCUUAAGGAACUUUCAGUGAACAGCAAAAAAAAAAAACCCAAAACUGAACACCAUUUAUAAACUGAUUGGUUCACACCGAGAUCUGCAUUACUAAACAACUUUUAUAAGGUGGGGUGUGUUUUUUUUUCUUCCUCUUCCCCAGGGUGUCACUAGAUUUGCGAAAUGUAACUGUUCUAGUAAGGACUUGUUUCAAUAAGCUAAAUGAAAAUGCUGACUUUGUUUUUGUUAAUAGCUGAACCUGCAGGUGGGGGGACGGAACCAUACUUUAGGUUACAAAUAUAAACCUUAGGCAAGUAGUACAACUUAACCUUUCAAAAGUGCAGAUUAGGCUACAUCAUUCUAUUUAUAAGUUCCAGGAGGACCCAGUCCAAUUCCUGUUGAAGGCAGUGGAAUUGCUGCUACUGGCUUCAGCAAGAGUUAGAUUGGGCCCUACAGAAAAACAAUUUGCAAACUUUAAUUUAUAUUGGGUUUCUGUUUGAGGUAAUUGUGUGUUCAUACCAUCAAAAGAAAGGCCAGAUAAAAUAGCUUGUAAAAAAUUGUGUUCAGAACUGAACAAAUCAAUCUAUAGAAACCACACAAGCUAUUUCUAGAAAAAACAUGAGGUACCAUAAUCUCAUUUAAAAGUAGUUUUGUUACAUAUUUUACUAUCUCUCUCUCUCUCAGUAAGUAACAAGUCAUUGUUCGAGGCAACUGACAAAUCUACUGUGACAGCAAUUUCCUUUGACUAGUCAGAGUAUGAUUAUUUAGACUUCAGAAGACAUAAAAGUUGACUUUCCACGUUGAUUUAUUUUCAUGUUUGAUUCUGAAUUGAGGUCAGUCUUAUUUUCUCUAGUGAAAGUGAAUAGGGUGGUCUCUAGGCAGUUAAGGAUAAUUGAAGUAAAUAAAGCACUACAUACAGCUAAGACAGUAGGAAAUGGGAGGUUUCUGCCUCACAUCUAGAGCUGAGGUGUUAAUGUGGCUAUCUCUUGGCAAGGCAGGUUCUUGUUUUCAGUUCAGGGUUGAGGCCAUUGGUUGGGUUUUGUUUUGUUUUUUUUUCAGAUCUAGCAUGUAUUGUAGUUUUUCCUAGUUUUUGAAAGAAACACAACUGGUUUUCAUUGCUACCUAAUUUUUAUGUACCAACAUCAGAUUUUUAGGCUUCUAAUACACCCAGAGCACUGCCACAAAUCUCUAUACUUUCAUAAAGUGACAACUGCAGCAUGUACAAUGCAAGAAACAAAGUACAGAUACACAGCACAGUUUUUAUUGAAGUAAAACUUAAGAAUAUUUUUUAUAAAGCAGACUGGUUGGGAAGUUUGUUACAAAAAUAUGCUCAUGUUGUUGGUAGUUGUACAGCUGAAGAUGCCGUCGUAUGUUCAACUGUUUAUUUCAAGCCGUCCAUUCACCUGUUAAAUCCUGUGGGGGGGAAAAUUGACAUCUGAACCCUGAAGUCUAUUCCGUAUUGCAUCUUAAAGUGAUGGUACUGUAUCUCUGAUCAUGUGCUCUAAACUCAGUCUCCACUUGAUGCCUAAAAAACCACCCUGCCAAUGGUUGCUCUCAUUUGUUAGCAAUAGUGCAAGUUACCUUUCACCAGCAUUACUGCCAAGCAGGGAAUUACACUUUUAGUCAACUAAUGAUCACACUGUGUACUAGGAAUAGAACACUCCAAAAGGCUGUGAGAAUGCUGGACACCUGGAGUCUUUCCAUCAUAAAACGGGUAGAAAAAUAAUUCAUCACAUCAGGGUUCUAAUUGUUUACUUUCUGGUGUGUGGUGGUGGUUGUUUUUUUUAUUUUCUGUAAGAUAGUACUUUUGAUACAUGCUCUAUCUUUAAUUACAAAAAAUCAGUUUUAUUUAAGAUGCCAUUUUUGUUCAGUGAGCCAAAAAUAUCCAAUGUACUGUUAGUGCACAACAAUAACUUCAAAAUAAUUUGAUGAAAAUGCAGUUGGUUUUCUUAUAAAACUUGCAGUGCAACUCUAAUCACAGUUGAUAUGUGAAAAAUUUCACUCUUGGAAGGUGGUUACAAGUUGUUGAAUCUUCACAGACAGAUUUUUGUAAGCUUGAAUUCAAGUUUACUGUAAUUCAUAGUAUUUGUAUAAAAUAUUCAGAGAUUUGACUUUUGUUACCCUGACAUGUCAAGAAGCUGUCUAUCAUGUUAAACUUAGUCUUCAGUUUAUUAAAAAUACUUUUAUAAAAAUUACUGUUUAUAGUAUUCUUACCAUUUUCCAAAUAUUUUUGGUUGGUAUUUUGUCUUAUCAAUACUGUUGUAUUAGCUCAUCACUUUCUGACAACUUGCAGGAGAAGAGUAUUUUACUCAAUGGGUAAGAAACACAUCUGUGUUUUUCAGUUAUACAGGCCUGAUAGUCUAGACUACUUAUGAUUUAGUACAGCAGGUGCAUUUAAAGUUCAUUCCAGUUGGAGCGAUUACCAGUUCAGACAGUGUUCCUCAAUGGAUGGAAAAUAACUUCUGAAGCUGUAAUAUAUCAAACUGAAAUGAACUUAAAUGUGCCCACUGUAUCAAUCUUGCUUCUAUGUAACCAGAAGCAGGCAAGGUUUUUUUUUUUUUUUUUUUUUAAAGCUGCAAUAAUAUUACUGUGAUGUCUAUAGGAUUUCCUGUAAGAAUAGAAAAUACAGCAAAUACCACAAUAAAGCCAAUAGUGACAGUGGGAAUUUUCU